AUGGCUAGCACCCAACAGAUGGCGGAGGAUGAUCAUUCUUCCAACCUCAUAGACAUCUUGUCAUGGUUCAUCAAGAAGAUCGAGCAAGAAAAAGCAACAGUCGCAUUUUUCCAGCGUUGCAUUAUUUGCAAAGGUGCGACUGAGUUUUGCGAAACUUGCACUCAUGAGCUCGAUGUUCUCAAGUUCGACUUGGAAUCUUUUGCCGAAAUGGCUUGUAGAGAGAUCUGGAAGUUGACUGGUGGAAAGGAAGGAGAGGCUUACCAUGCAGGAUGGUCUUUCACUUCUUUCCAGGAUAUUCAGAACGCUUACAAGGAUCAUGAAGAGCUUUUCGACCGAAUGUGCGAGGGCAAUGAUCCAAUAACAUGCAAACCUAGAAAAAAGGUCCUCUAUGCCGAUGACUACCAACAAGCAAUUCCUCCACUCGAAUGUGCCAUAGGAAAUUGGACUCGCGUAUGCAAAGCUUUCCAAAGCGAAUACGAACUCGGUAUGGCAAGAGGGUGGAGACUGCCUGCUGAUGGGGUUGAGAAGGAGAGGGGCAAGGUCAAGUAUGAUCCAUCAGCAAAGAUCAAGAAAUGGGACGCUUUAAAGACGAAGUAUGCAGAACUUGCCGCUACGCUUCCGCCAAACCCGAAGUCCGGUGAACUGGGAUAUGAUUCGGAAGAAAUCGAAUACUAUUCCACUUCUGAUUCAGCGUGUUCUGAGGACCUUGACGCACCUUGA